AUGUCCUCCUCUGACGCAGACAUCCACCAGCUCCUUGGCUCUAAUCCUCUGUCACCAGAGCUCUCCCAGUGCAUCACAAGUCUAGCGACUGCAGCUUCCCUAAAUCAGCCGCCUACACCGGAGGUCAAGUCCUACCCUGAUGCCAUCUACCUCAACUACUUCUCUAUCGGCCUCAGUCUGCUUUAUGCACCAAAAGGCGGCUAUAGACCAACAUCAGGACUCAAAUGCAACGAUCUAAAACACGACAGGUUAUCCCUUGAUAGCAUAUACGUCUACAAUGUGCCAAUCAAGAAGCAGACCAAAGGCACAUCAUCUCGUGCUGCUGAGCUCGCUUUCUCCACAUAUCCCCUCCUACCGCUCGCUUUGAACAUCACUGCUGAGGCGAAAGACAAGGAGGAGAAACCAAUAUCUCGUCCUCCGAAGUUAGAUGUGCACGCAGAGACGUCCGGGAAGGAUUUCGUCCUCGCAUUGGGAGAGCCUGAUCGCAAAGGCGGAGGUGCAGGACCUUCUUCUGGGUCGAUAGGCAUCUGGUGUGAAUGGACGAAGGAUGGAAUCAUGGUCGAAUUCGGCGGCGAUGAGGCGAAAGGCCCUCAAGCUUGGGAGCGGGGAAAGGAUGCAAUAUGGAAGAUAAUCACUGUUUUCUCAAAAGGGUGA